GUGGAUCUGCCCAAUGAUUCUGAAAAAAUUCACAUACUUUCAGUUUCUCUUCAGAGCAACUAAUAGACAGAAAUUCUGAUACGCGGUCGUUUUGCCAGCUGCAUUGCUUGGAGCAGGAAUCAAUCAAUCAAAGGAUAAUCAUGUAUACGGUAGAGAUUGGCAAUUCGAUUGUACAUGUGAAAAAGGGGGACAUAACUAAGGAAACUACAGAUGCCAUAGUAAACCUAAAUGAUCAUACGCUGAAACACAACUCUGGGGUAUCGAAAGCCAUUCUUGAAGCUGCAGGGAGGAAUGUUUAUGAAGAAUUUAGUCACUUUGCUAAAACACCUCAAGGUGAUGUUGUUGUAACUGAUGCUGGAGAUUUGAGAUGCAGAAAAAUAAUCCAUCUGAUUUCUGUUGUAAGUGAAGAGAAGAUUGUGGCUGGAGUAACAGGGGUUCUAAGGGAAUGUGAACAACAUAACCUACAAUCUGUCACGUUUCCUGCAAUUGCAACAGGAAAUGCUUGUAUUAAGGCAAAGAAUUCCCUUGAAUCCAUUCUGACCGGCAUUAAAGAGCAUAUGUUAUGCACAACCACCAGCUGCAUUGCAAAUAUUUACAUUAUUGCUUACCCGAAAAAUGUCUACCAACAAUAUGUAAAGGCUUUUGAUGAAAUCUCAGUUGAACAGACAUACAACCUUAAUAUCAAACUUUAUGGGAAAAGGGUGACCUUAAUUAAAGGAGACAUUACCCAACAAGGAACUGACUGCAUUGUGAAUCUAACAACCGAACACUGGAUCGAAAUUGGGGUGUCUCUGGAAAAAUAUUAUCAGCAGCUGGAAGAAGUGUGAAGGACGAAUGUAAAAACUUGGGUAUUGUAUUCAGACAAUUCUAUGUCAUUUUUUAUUUGAAAUAAAGGUACCUGAUCUGUGAGUAAUGUUUCCUUUUCCAGGUCCUAU